CAUGACAGUGACGUGUGAAAUCGAGUUCGACGAUAAUCCGCGAGGCACCUACUUUGCGGGCCAGACUCUGAGCGGCCGUGUGAUACUGACAACUAACAAGGUUAAACAUGUAAAGGCCAUUUCUCUGACCAUAAAUGGACACGCUGAGACGCGUUGGACGCAGAGCUCGGCUCUAUCUGGCCAGACGACCUAUCUGGGCCGUGAAGAUUACAUAACCUCGCUCACAUAUCUCAUGGGCUCCGAUGCCAGCGCCUCACAGCGCCCCAUAGAGCCGGGCACUAUUACGUACAAUUUCAACUGCCAGAUCCCCGACACAUGUCCCUCGUCCUUUGAGGGUCGUUGGGGCAGGGUGCGCUACGAAGUGAAAGUCACUCUGGUGCGUCCCUGGAAGUUCGACAACACCUUCUACCGCUUCUUCACGGUCUUGAGAGUGAUGGACCUGAACUGCGACAGUCCGCUGCUGCGGAUGCCAGCCCAUGCAGAAAUCCUAAAGCGUUAUUAUUGCUGGCUCUGUCGCUCGCAGCCGCUCGCUCUGCAGUUGAUUCUGCCACGAACUGGCUUCGUUCCGGGCCAAGACAUACCAGUGAGCCUGCUGGUGGCCAACGAUAGUGCCGUUAACGUGGACGCAUUGGACAUUUCCCUCGUAAUGUCGAUCUGCUACUAUUCCCAGGGGCCGUUCGUGCGCACCAGACAGGACCGCAUCGUGAUUAGCCGGCUGAAGGGCGAUAGAGUGCUGCGGCAUUGCAACAAGCUGUUCACCUACGAGCUGCACGUGCCGGCGACGCCUCCCACUUGCUUCACUCUCUGUCGGAUCAUACAGAUCGCCUACCAAGUGGAGGUGGAGGCCACAGUCGAGGGCUUCCACACGAAUCAAAUCGUAAGCGUUCCAGUCACGAUUGGCAGUGUGCCUCUGUCCCAGCUGGUGCCUCCGCAAUGCUGCAGCGUGUCGCCACAAGCCCUCGACGUGCAGACUCUUGCCAAUGCCACAAAUGACCUUCCCCUGCGAGAUGUGUCUCGACCGUGGGCUGUGGAUCCCAAUAUACCUCCCCCCAACUAUGAGGCUGCACUCUAUAUGCUCGACAUCCAGCCAACUCCCCUAAGUGAAGCAGAUAGUGUGGAGCGUCCAAAUAACUUGGCCUUAGAUGGCAAAACGUUUACUCCGCUCUACCCAGUCUUUAGCAUUCCUAGCCCCACUGCGGAAGGGGAAGCGAGCCGCCUGAACUCAAAUGAAGCGGCCACUCCAGUAACCGAAGAGGAGAAAGGAACUUGGCUGUGAAGGCAUAGAUAAUCAAAUAAAUAAAUAAAUUCGCAUUUAU